CACUGCCAACUGCUUUGCGUUCACACUGCUGCACAGCGGGUCGUGGUAGUGGGGAGGCACGAUGAAUUGCAGACGUGGGUCUGUUAUUUGAUCAAGUUUUCCUUGCAGUUUUAACUAACUCGUCUCGGUGUUAGUAGUAAUGAGUUCAAUAUCGGAAAACCGCGCGGACAAUGAUACGGAAGACGAAGAAAAAUAUUCUCGCCCGAGCACUCCUUCAGACCAAAAUGAUACCCUCCUCUCGAAAGCAGACGACAGGGAUAUACGAAUCAACCACGUAUCAAAGAACCAGAAGAAUGUGUCAGCCACCACCACAGCUGGGAAGGACCCAGUCAUCUCCAUCAUCGACACUCCCAGCAAAAUGCAACAGGACUCUCCGGAAGUGUCCAACACAAGAGGCAACUGGCUGCAAAGUCAAGUGGCGGAGACCUGUGGCUGUAGUAACAGCUGGACCCUGCAAGUCGUGGGGGUGCUGGUGUUUGUCGUCCUGGUCUGGGCCCUGCUGUACAGUCUGGUACACCACGAGGUGACCCCACGCGGUGACCUCUUCAAGAUUCUGGUGCUAGUGCUGCUGGCAUUCCUAGCCGGUCGACUGGUAGCCUUAAUUCGCCUGCCUCCGCUAUUGGGCAUGCUCAUCACGGGCAUCAUUCUACGCACUUCCGGCUUCUACCAGAUCUCUGGUGUCUAUACGCACAUCGUCAUCACGCUCAGGGAGAUAGCACUUAGUGUGAUCCUGAUCAAGGCAGGGCUAGGGCUGGACCCUGUGGCUUUGUACAAGCUGUCUCUGGUUGUCAUCCGACUGGCCAUCUGUCCUUGCAUCGCAGAGGCCGUUGGGGCUGCUGUUGUUUCCCACUUCAUCCUCGGCUACCCUUGGCUCUGGGGACUAUUGCUCGGGUUCCUGCUGAGCGCAGUGUCGCCCGCUGUGGUGGUUCCAGUGCUGCUCGGCUUGCAGGAGAGGGGUUACGGGGAGAGUAAGGGUAUUGCCACUCUGGUUAUCGCUGCCUCCAGCAUGGACGACGUCCUGGCUAUCUCCAUCUACGGCAUCUGUCUCAGCAUGAUCUUUUCAACAGGCAAUAGCAACUUAUCACAGCAACUUCUCCAAGGACCUCUGGAGAUGGUGAUAGGCUUGGCGAUCGGAAUCGUGUGGGGACUUCUAACUGCUGUCAUACCUCACAGGGAUGAUAAACUUGUGGUGUUGAAACGCUCUGUAAUGGUUGGCGCGGGAGGACUGUGCGCUGUGCUGGGUGCCGAACUAGUAGGUUUCCCUGGCGCAGGACCUCUUGCUUGCAUCACUGCCUCCUUCGUUGGCUGUGUCUGCUGGAAAGUGCAGGGAUGGUCUAGCCACAAUCCAGUGUCCAACGUGUUCGGGAAGGUGUGGCUGAUAUUGCAGCCAAUGCUUUUUGGAUUGAUCGGUGCUGAGAUAGACCUUAAGGAGCUGCGACUUGAGACCAUCAGCUCAGGACUGGCUGUUAUAUUCGGAGCCCUGGUUAUUCGAGUGAUUUGUUGCUGCUUUGUUUUGCUCGGAGGAAAUCUCAACAUGAAGGAAAUGUUGUUUGUCAACUUAGCUUGGCUUCCCAAAGCUACAGUGCAGGCGGCAUUGGCUCCUGAUGCAUUGGACAUGGUGCGACGAGAUGAGAACCCGACUCAGGUGGAUAUAGACCGUGGUGAGCAAAUACUGACUAUAGCCGUGCUGAGUAUCCUUGUCACCGCCCCCCUCGGCUCCAUCGGCAUCACCCUGGGGGGCCCCCGCCUGUUGUCCACGAGCGGGGCAAUCACAGAGGGUGAGGAAAAGUCCAAGGAGGCUGAUAAGGAAACUGCCACAGAGAGAGUCUAAGUGAUAUCCAAGCCCAAGCACAGGCAAACAUCUUCUUGGUUCUAACAUUCCAUUGUUCCCUCAUUGAAGAAUUUUAGAUGUUGUUCAGUUUUAUUGGAAUCUGAAGUCUUGUUGCACAAAUUUAAGUGGUUUAACCCACAACAAGUUGUUCUGUUAAUUGGCUAGAAAAAAAUACUGAGGGUUUCAACCAUGAAGGUACUUAUUGCAUUGUAGGACAGUUUAUGCACAUAUUUUAUCAACACAUUAAAAUGAGAUUACAUUUCAGAUUUCAAAACAGUGCCAUUUUAAUUAGAAAUCUUUACCUUUAAGUUUACUCAAAUGUCAAAGUAAUGUAAUACAACAUACCAUGUAAUUAUGAAGUAUUAGCAGGGAAAACUCAGGGAAUAUAUUAUAAAAGUGAUAAAAGUUAAAAAUGUAUGUUUGUCGUGGAUUAGACACAUUAUUUGGCAGAAAGUUAGUUAACGAUUAUUCUACAUGCUUGUCGGACAUCUGAUUUGAAAAAAAACUUCUGGAUUUUCAACGGGUUUGGAUAAUGUAUAAGUGAACAUUUGAAUUAUACUAUGAAUUAUUGUUGUAAAAGAAAUACACAGUUAUUCAAUAAUUUUAAAUUUAUUUUACGGGCUUAUACAACAGGAUCUUGGAUGCUGAAAGGCCUUGUGAAAUAAAUUAAAAACUAUUGGACAAUUGUGCAUUUCAUUUACAGCAAUAAUUUGUUUUCCAAUAAGAGUAGCUCCUCCUUCAAUGAAAUACUAUGAAUUGGGUUUCAAUUUAUUUUUAAUAAUGCCAGAAUCCAAUAAAAAUUACUUCCAAAAUUUACUUUCUGCAUUGUUUGAAGCUUAGAGUCUAUUUUUGAAGACUAGUAAUAAAUCAUUAUAUUCAGUGAGUUGUAGCAUAUUGUAUUGCACAACAAUUCUGUUAUCCCUAAAUGAACAUAAUCUUCUAGGAUUUCAUCUAAUUGAGUAUGUUUUGUGCGUAGUAAUGUCUAUUCAUUCUGGUAACAUCAUACUUUGAGCUAAACUUCAAAAUUCGCUUACUCAAUUCUAGUAUUUUGUUACAAAAAUAUAACUGAAAAAUAAUCUAAAGGUAAAUAAGGCUUAUAUUUAUUCCUACAAUACAAAUUAAAAAAGUAGAUGAGUUUUAACAGUGUAUGUGUGUUUAAUAAAGAGUACAAACACUUAUUCUGUAGUUAACACACAUUGGUUGUUGUGUGGUUUGUUAGUGUGAUAAAUUAGAGGGAUUAAAUUACAAUUCCUUACCGUAUAGGUCCUCGAUGAGUUACGCUCCGUAAUUUUGAAGUUAAUAAAUAUUCCCUACACCUCGAGCUUAGUUUGCCUGUGCACAACUUUUUGUAUAGAACAUAGAUUUAGGACCUUGUGAUUCCUGUAAAUAUUGUUUUUAGGUUUAUAAAAACGUUAAUGUUAGAGGAUAUUAUUUAACAGUUUUGCCUCCUGUAUUAAAAAGCUAUAGUUUUACCUUUGCCUAUUGUUUUAUAAUAAACGUAAGCUGAAACUGUGAAGAUGUUCACAGAGUUUGAGAUAAUCUUAAUUAUAGAUCAUUUUAAUUUUUGCCGUAGUAAAAGCCAAUUUCCACUCUGAAAAAGCUUUUCAAAAUUAUUCUUUUAAAGCAUCAUGCAUUUUGAUAAAAAUAGGAACUAUUAUUAGUAAACCUACAGUUUACCUCAAUAUGUCUGUUAUAAUUAUCAUUGCAAUAUAGCUUUCAUAAAGGUAAUAUUUUAAAACUAUUUUACAGGAAAGCUGGUUUAAAAUGUUUUUCAGUAUUUUUAUUCUUAUCAGAAACCAUUCCUGAGUGCCAAAAUCAUUGAAUGCCAAAUUAUUGAUAAGAACGCAGAUAAUAAAUUUUGUAAUAAAUAUUUAUGCUUAUUUUAUGCCAUUUACAUUUUAUACUCUUUAGAAAUGUUUUAUUAGGGUGGAAUGGCUUCUUGCCCUUUUUUAUUGCUGCAACUGUAUUGUAGUAUUUAAUUUAAACUAACUGAUUUUAGAAAAGAUGUUUUAAUAUUCAUUCCAUAUUUUAACUUCCAUUGCUGUUAGGUAUGAGUCUGUACUGUUAUGUUUGCUUGUUUAGUGAAGGUAGACGUGUGUUUGAUGAAAUUUAUAAUUUGUAAAGUGCAGUUUUUAAAUAGUGUUGAUUUUUACGUAGAAUUCUAUACACGUUUGGAUUAUUUGCAUACGUUUGAAUUCAAUGUAUAUUUUAUAAUUUUCUUAUUAAAAAUGUUGUGUUUAAACUGAAAUGUGUACAUUCUAAGUUUUAGUAAAUUGGUUUGUGUUUUUAUUAACAUAAAACAAAACUCAAUGGAGAAUAAAUUAAAGAAUUCUUAAGAGGUAAAUAAGAGCUGUCUGAAAUCUUGAAUAAAGAAGACUAAUAAUAAAUAAAAUGAAGUUGCUUUUUUGUCCAAACAAAUACAAGAAUUGCAUUGGUGAAGUAUUGAUGUAAUUGUUGUGUUUGAACUCCUUUUAGCAUAUAACAAGCUACAUGAUUAAAGAAAGAAUAUUCUGUAUUUUACUCCUAAUUUGGUUUUGUAUGCAACAUGUCCAACGUGAAUAAAUCGUUAUUGUACAUUUUCCGUGUAAAUACUGUACAGGGUUCAUUGUUAACUAAAUGACAUUUAAUAGAGUAAGUUAGAUCUAUAGAGUAAGUAGAACCUCUCAAGUUAUGACAAAAUAACGUAAAAUCUCUUAUAAUAGUACAUUUUCAAUACAUUUUUAAAUCCUAAUUUUUGAUAACGUUGAUAAAAUUUUAAACUAUUGUCACAAAUCAUGUAAUUAAUAUUACAGUUAUUGCUCUAGUAAUUGAGUCUUACAAAGGUGUGAAAACUUUACAACAGUUUGGUACAACGUUUACAUUUAUCAUUUAUAGUGUGUUUUUGUUUACCUUAAACUCCCAACUUCCACCUGGUUGCUAAUUAUUCAUAUAAUAUUAUUGCUCUUAUUCCUUUCUUCCAAGUUUCCUGCAAAACAUAUUAAUAUAUUUAUUAAUGAUUUAUCCGUUAUUGCAUUUAUGUUUUUAAAUAAAACUUGGCCUAUAAAUAAACUUUUAUGGUGUUGAAAUUGUAGCUAAUGCAAAAAUAGUUCCUUUAGUGUGUUUUUAUUAUUAGAAACAACUUCCUCCUUAAUAUCUUAAAGUUUAAUUGCAUACAUAUUUGGAAUACAUUAGAAUAACCAAGUUAGAACAUUUUUUUACUUUAGUAGCUGGCUGUAUGUUGUAGUAGAAUUUCAUGGAACACAAUAUGAACAGUUAGAAGAACUGAAGAAAAAGCCAACAUAUCCAAAGCUGUCUUAUACACUGUAUUUGCCUAUGAGCCAAAGCUGUUUAGAUUGUUAUAACUUUUCUUGUUUUACGCCUAAUGGUACUAUCAAUUAUUGAUUAAUAUUGUGCACAAAUCCGUAGCGAUCUUCACAACUAAAUCUAAACCGAUAACCCAUUGUACUUAAGUUUAGAUAAGAAUCGGUACUAGCUGCAAGACUUGAAAAGUACUUAUAGGGUCUAGUAUAUGAUUUUAAUUAUUUAAUUGGAAUGAUGGUUUAUUAAUCUAUUUUAUCCCUUUUCAUAAAUAGAUUGUCUAACAUGCUGAAAAUUCUUAAAUAUCUAAAUAAAACUAAAGAGUAAAUUAUUUUGUAUUGUUUUUAUUAGAUUAGUCUGUGUUUAUAAAUAGAUAGAUAUAUUUUAUUGUUGUUUAGGAGUAAGAUAUUGUUGGAUUUCAAAAACGUUAUUCUUUACUAAUGUUUAGUCUAGUUGUGGCGUUGCUUAGUUAAAGAAAUUGAAUGUUAUAAAUUAUUUAGUGUUAUUUAGUAUUAGUAGAUUAUUCCAUGUUUAUUUUUCAUUUGGAACACUGAUUGAAAAUUUGCAUUGUUUUAGUAUGGAAUGGAACUUUAUAAAUCUGCAAGUAUAACUUGUAGAUUGUUGAUUUGCAUAAUUGUUCUGUGCAUUUUAACAGUAGGAAUAGAGAAAAGAAUGUGAACAUUAUUCACAAAUAUUAACUUUGCACAAACUAUUUACUAAUAUUUAACCAUGUAUGGUUUUAAAUUUUAAUUUGAAGCGAAUUAACUUUACCAUGAUUUAUGACAAGCGUAAAUGAAGAAAAUUCAAUUAUUGUUUAUUUAUUUACUUAUAUUUUAAACAAAGCUAUCAAUUUAAUAGUUUUUAUGUGGGCUUCAUACACUUUUUAUAAAUACAAGCUCUAAAAAUGUUGAACACAUUUUAUCUUUUUAAUGCUAAGCUUUAUAUCACAGUGACAGUGCAGCUGAUUAUUAUAAUUACUUUUAGCAGUGAUUAGUAAUUUUUAGAAUAUCUUAUCAAUUACUAAAUAAAAAAUGAAUAUAGAAGUUAGUAUCUUACAAAUUAAACAAAGAGAUUUUUGAGUCAUUGAAAAUUUAAUUUAAUAUGUAUUUUAAAAUGGUUUUACGUUGUUUUUACAUUAUUGCAAAUAUGUUUUAUAGUAAGUACUUGUUGGUAAAACUUGAUAUUCAACAAUAUUUAAUAUUUCACUGAAAAAUUAUACUCUAAAAAUUUGCAUUGGUAAACAUAUACUGUAUAAUUACAUAUUUUAAUUGUAUAUUUUGUUUUGGAUUUGGGAAAAUUUUUAACCAAGUGAAUUGGCAGACUAUUAGGUUUAUAAAUUGAAUAGUAUAAUUUGUAAUACUACUAUGCAUUAUGUUUAGUAUUUUUAUAUAUUUUUAAAUUAUUAGAUGUACCUUGGCAUUCAAAAGCUUAAAAUGUAAUAACUCAAUACGUAUCCAUAUUUCUAUUGGAUGACAUUAACACUAUAUAUUGAUCAUUAUUUAUCAAACGUUAUUGAAACUCUAUAUUAUUAGAAUACAUUUCUCUUAGAUUUGUCGGGCAGUUUUCAUAUUUGUUUUUAAAGUAAAUUCUUACAAUAAUGAUGUACUUAAGAAGUACGUUCAGCAGUUUAGAGUAGACUGAUUGGCUGGGUCAUUGUUAGUUAUGUUACAGAUAAGUUAUACUGAUAGCUGUUUGUUUUUCACGUGAGGCUCCAAAGUAAAUUAAUACCAAUGUUACAGAUGUUUAGUGAUAGUUUGUUAGUAUAGAUUUGUUAGCAUAGAGUAGCGAAACAUAGUUUUUGUGUGAUAAUAAAUCACAUAUUAGAUUAGACUCUGCAUGAAAAUAUGUACUUAAUUUUUAAAGUUGGUUUUCAAUGAAAUAUUUGUAAUGUUCUGUUGCCAUUAACGUCAGUCCAGAACUUUGUAACGAGUUUAUUUCAAAUCUUUUCAAAGCUGUUAACUAAACAUUGUCAAGUUUUCCUGUACCGUACAUCCCUUGCCUUCAAAGUUGACCAUUGCAGUGAGAUAUAUUAUAAUUCAUAGGACAAGAUUUUGAAAUGGAUUUGAAUAUUUGUCAUCUUUUAAAUUUUACUAGUCAAUUGAAGGUGCAUUUAUCAAUUAUGUAAUGGAAUUUUUAUAUUCAAGCUUCAGUAGCGGUAUAGGGUGUGCAGUAACAAAGAGGUAGAAGUGUGAAUUCUAUGUGCAGUGCUAAUUUGUUUUAAAGCUCUCAAAUAGCGAUUACUGGAAAGAUUUCUUUCAAAGAGUAUCAAAUUUUAUUAUUUCAGUUCUAAGGAACACACACAGUCUAUGAAAAAAUUACUAGAAUUGCUAGUGUUUGAUUAACUAAAUGACGUUUUGACUAUUAUGAAUUAUAAUUAUACCAUAUUUGUAAUUUAUUAUUAUUAUUUAUAGUUUAGUAGUUUAUAGUAAUCAUUUUUAAGGAAAAGAAACUAUGGGCACUGGCUAAAAGUUCUGAAAAAUAUAUUUUACCACUUAAAUGAUAAAUUUUUCCGAGAUGAGAGCAGGCAAACCAAACAAAUUAAAUAUUUUAUAUUACAUAACUAAUAUUUGGUUCUUGUACUUAUUAUACUCUUAUACUAUUGUUUUAUCGCAGUGUUGGAACAAGUUAGUCCCAGUUGUCAAAUAAAAAAAGUGCAGUUGAUGUCUACUAAACAUCAAUAAAUAUUUAAUAAUUAGGAUUGAACCUUAAUUGAAUAGUUUUAUUUAUUAAAUUACCAUGUUUAUAUCAGUAGAUGUAUGUUUAAAUCAAAAGUAUUUAUUGAAAUAACAAUGAUAAGUUUCUUGGGUUUCAAUGAAAUCUUUUGUUAUUACACUAUGUACUGAUAAAGUAAUACAAAUUUAACUUUUAGUUAAGAAUAACUGUUACAGACGGAAAAAUUUUUUGUCAGUAAACAUUUACAGGACAAGAAAUUAUUUUUUUGUACCUGAAAAAAUUUUUUCACUUUCCCAAAAUGGAAAGAUAGAUAUGUGAAGAAAUUCAAUUUUUUUUAAUUAUAAACCCCACUAUGUGAUACCACAUUUCAAAGAAAAGAGAAGAAUUGUGGUGAAAAAUAAAGCCCUAUUUUGAAUUGGUUCAACAUGUUUGUUUAUUAACCUUAUCAAUCCCAAAAUUUGUGUUUAUAGACGUCUAAAAUAUUUGUGUAAAAUCCAGCUCGUAACAUAUUGAUUCUUUUAAAUUAUAAAAGAAUGGCCACAAAGAAUUGAUCUAUUUAUUAUUAAUAAAGAUGUGAACUAAACUUUAUGCUGCAUUUUCCACAAUGAUAUAAAACGUACAGUCUGUGGCUUUGCAACUAGCUAUGCUUCUCUGUGUAAAUCAGCUGUACGAAUUUUACACAUUUUAUUGUUGAGUGAGUUGCUUUGUUGUUUGACUUUAUUACUUAGAGUUGCUAGUUAUUGUUUUAUUAUUACUGAAAUAUUUAUUUCAUACCAGUGUUUUUUAUUUAACGAUUAGCUUGGCGUUUACUAGUUAUGCUGAGUAAAUUUGUAAUUUCUGUAAAGCGUACAAGUUUCUUUAAAAAAAACCAUUAUGUUCUUAACCAUUAAGUAAACCAUUAAGUUUCUUAACCCUAUAUUUUACUUAUUUAGUGAAGUCAAUUAAUGGAAUUUAGUGUGGUUGUUCACCUUUAACUCUAUUUUUCUACAAAGUGAUGUGAUAUGCUUACUCUUUUUUUAUUCUUCUCUUGAAUCCAAUGUCAAAAAAUGCGGACCCCUGUUAUAUUUGACAAAGAGGCUACACAUUCUGAAACUGCAAAAAUCCAAAUGGAGUGACACAACACAUGUAUUUGUAUUACCACUUUGUUUCAUUCAAUAACUGAAGAAGCUUAACAUGAGUAUACAUCAAUUUUUUAGAUAUACUGUACUCAAUACAUUAAAUUACCUUUCUUUAUUUUUGUACAAUAAAACAUGCAUAACGUAAGUAUUGGUUGGUAUUACUUUAGUAUAUUCAAAAUUUACAAACUAAAACAUUCAAUUUUACGGUUUACUUCCUAAUGUUUCAAGUCUAGUUUUAGUCCUAUUGGGUAUAAUAGAACUCUUGAUAAUGCCAUAAAAAACUUGAAAACGGUUUUAAUAACUAUUAGCACUGCACUUGUAAAAGAUAAAGUAAAGGAAUUUCUCUGCAUGAUUGUGAUAAUCAGUAUUACUCAUAGAAUAAUAUUACUGCUGAUGCCCAUCAUUGCUUUGCUAACUUUAAGAAAAAAAUAUAAAAAAAAACAAUAUUUAAUACAGAUAGAGAUGUAUGAUCAACUUGCAUUGGCUAUUGCAAAAAACUGGUUAACUUGGAUUAGUUCUAAGAUAGAGUAAAGCAAAGAUAUGUUUAUGUGCCAACCACAAGUACUUAUGCUCAACUUACAGCAUUUUGAUGGUGGUUGCUGUUGUGUUUCUUAUAUAUUUUAUACCUUUUGUAAAUACAACCAAAGUUGACAUUCAGAGUCAUGCUCACUAACGUUCUGAGUUUUGCUCACUAACGUUCUGUGUUACGCUCACAAACGUCCUGAGUUAUACUCACUAAUGUUAUGUGCCACGCUCACUAAAUUAGAUGAUGAGAUCAUCACUCACUUAGGCUGUGAAAGCGCUUCUUGCAGGUUUAUUUUAACGUUAAAACCGCAAUAUUCGUUUGUUACCUCGGUAUUUGAUCUUGCCAAGUAUGUUCAGUACUCUAAUUUUUACAAUUAGGAUAAUAAUUUAUAUUUAUCAUCUGUGCUUUGUUGACCAAUAUGCUUACAUCAGUUCUGUUACAAUAAUCUUGACUAUAUAAUGUUUAUGAUUUAAAUUUAGAUAUUGUAAUACAAAUUAAAUUCAUGUUGUAACACUCUAGUUUAGCUGAAGUAUGACAGAUCUAUUACUGAAUUAGGAGUAAAUGAAUUUGUUACAUGUAUAACUAUCAAAAGUUAAUCACGUAUUAGAAUUAUUGAUUCAGUUAUUUAAUAAAUCUGAUAUACUCAAUUCUUAAAUUCGACUAAAAAGAAAUCUGAAUGUACUGAACAUAGCAGAUGUAGAAACAUGGUGAGUGACUGUGUAUUUUGUGGUACAAGAGCACUGUAGACAACAAGCUUCUGUAACAUAUAUGACCUUCAACCAGCAAACUGUUAGGAUUUCAACAUGAAGUGGACUCGAUAAAACAGCUGCCUUUUGGAAAUGGAAAUGAAAAUGAAAAUCCUUUCAUAUAUGCCGUUUUUAAUUAUUUCAAAGAACCAUGAAAUUCAUUGGAAAUCUAAAAAUACUUUUGCUUGUAACUGAGUAACAAACUUAUAGAAAAAGUGAUGAUUGUUCAACUUAAAAUAUAUAUUUCCUGUUUUAGAUGAAAUGUAUAUAGUUUAAAACAGUUUUUUUGUUAAUUUUUAACACAUUUUUUAAAAUUAUUAAAAUGUUUACUUUGUGUUGGUUAACUCUAUAAAUCUUUAUAACCAUCACAAGCAGGAGGUGAGUUAGACGAGACAGCAAAGAUCAUUUUAUCUUCCAAUAUUACUACCAAUUUUGUAGAAGACUUCAUUAUUUUGAAGUUUAAAGAGUCCAUCCUGUGGAAUACAUUAGUACCAAUGCUUCAACAAAUUCAAAACAAUAAAAUUCUAAAUUCAGAAAUAAUAUUAUUUAAGGAAACACGUGAUCAGAAAUAUUAUAAAAUAUAUGUUCAUUAAAAGAUAUUUGUCAAACCAUCAAGCUUUCGUAUCUGCGUACAUUUAUCAUUGGAGAGAUACUUUAGCUAAACUGGAGUGUUUAUCAGUGAACUCACAAUUUAGUUGAUGCAAGAUUGAAAAUGCAUAAGUAAGUUUCUGUAAUUCCUUAACGAAUGAGUGUUGUAGGGGUGUGUAAUAGAUUCAAGUCGUUUGUAGAUCGUCAAGCUGUACUCCUCGAAGAGAUGUGUCGUUUUCUUCAGUUACGCAUUACGCUGUAGUGUCAAUUGAAGGUUUAAAACUUAGAAGCAAUAAUUUAUAAUAGUUUUAGGCAGCGCUACUUGAACAUGCAACCUUACUCUUCCUCUAGCUUUCCUUAAUGCUUGGUUAGGCCUAAAUAAUAACUAUCACACCUUUACUCUUUUUAUACGCAUUUUGUAAUUGAAAGAGAAUCCAAUUUCGUGAUUUCAGCAUUUAAUCAAAGUAUACAAACUAGUACAAAGUGUGCUCUUUUUAGCUUCAGUAUGAUAUUUUUGUCCCUUUAUUUUUUACAAAUUUAAUAUACGUACUUAUACAUAUUUUUAUUGUAGCUACAGAUUUUUCUUGUUUUACAAACAUCCAAAUUACUGUGAUAGUGUUUUUUUUUAUCUUGAGGAAGAGAUUUGAGUGAAAUAUGAAUCAUAAGCUUAUAAUUCAAUAAGGGUUAAUUUAUUAUUUUGGUUUAUUUUGUAGAAAAACAUUUAAGAUUUCAUCAUAUUUAAACAAUAUCAAGCAUCUUCAAUUUGAACUAAUCUAUGAACAGGUAACUAAAAAUUAUUUUAAUUCUUCUAAAUUUUUAGGAUGUUCAAAAAUAAAACAUGAUUCAAAUGAAACAAGUCAUAUCUAUUCUUCAAAGAUAUAUUUUUUAUGAUUUUUAAUAAAUUAAUCCUUUUUGUAAUAUGGAAGUUUGUAAAAAAAGAACACUGAACUAAUGCAUUUAACAUAAUCUUUUGAUAAUUCUUUACUGUAAAAGUUUAGAACUGUAAUAGAAAAAAUAGCUCUAGCAGACAGAAGUGGUUAUGUUACAAAGUGGUUUGAUUUAUUCACAUUAAUGUCUAAUAAAUCUUUAUUUCUGUGGAUUUAUAAAAUAUUUAUAAUCAAAUUAUGUAACCUUUGUAAGUCAAUUCCAGUAUACUGGAAAACAUAAUGGUACAUUUAUUGAUUUAAUUUAAAGUACUUAAUUUUCUUCCUGAAUAAAUUAAUUAUAUUUAGGGAGUUCAUUCAUGAACUCACCUAGAUUAGUACUAAUUUAAUAGUACUUGGUCUUUUCUCAUAUUUAACCUGGUCAUCAUAUUGGGUACUUAUAAAUCCUCAUAAAUAAAGUAAUAGACUUAUUAUUGUGUUUAAUUCAAAACUGGUGGUACUACAGAAAUCAUGGAUUAAAGCGACUAAUUAGAGUUUUGUAAAAAAUUAGAUGCAUUAAAAAUGUAUUUUUAAGCUUCCAACAAUAAUGUCUAUCACAACAAAGGGCUUUUGCCUAAAGUGUGAAAAUACAUUUUUAUUAAUUCUUGGAUGCAUGAAAAAAGUAUAAAACUAUUUUAAGGUAUUGGAUCUCUUUACAAUCACAUUUAUAGAAAUUUCUAUAGAUACCAAUAGGUUACUUUUAAUAGUUUGACCAUUUAUUUAUCUUAGCUAUUGGUAAAAAGAGAAUCAUAUUUUGUGAAAUUAUUUUUUAAUGUUUAGUGAUUCCCCUCCACAGUCGUCAUAUUUUUUCUAUGAUCUUGCGAUGUGACCAACUGUAUAUUUUUGACCACUGUACUUGUAUUUCUGUGAUCUGUGUACUGUAGUUGUAAAGACACAUCUCUUACAUUUGUUGUAUUCUCUGUACAAACUGUAUUGUGUCUUUCAUUUAACAUGAAUACAUCUCAAAACUGCCA